AUGACUACCGAUAUAGCGGUGCGGGGCCACGACUACAGUGGUCGAAUCGAGGACUACGAGGAGUACGAUGAGAAUUCGUCCGCUCGACUCUUCGAACGUUCCCGUAUCAAAGCUUUGGCUGAUGAGCGCGAGAAUGUGCAGAAGAAGACAUUCACGAAGUGGGUCAAUUCACAUCUGGUGCGAGUGAACUGCAAAAUACAUGAUUUAUACAUGGACAUGCGCGACGGCAAGAUGCUCAUCCGACUUCUGGAAGUGCUUUCUGGCGAGCGACUGGCAAGUGCCCUUUCACUGCUCCUUCUCUCCCAGGCUCACUGCCUUGCUCCGUCUCUCUUCCUGCGAGACCAGCACGUUCACUUGGAAAAUCUUGGGUCACAUGACGUUGUGGAUGGCAACCCACGACUGACACUGGGCCUCAUCUGGACAAUCAUUUUACGAUUCCAGAUCCAAGAUAUUACAUUCGAGGAUGCAGAUAAUCAGGAGACCCGUAGUGCAAAGGAGGCCCUGCUGCUGUGGUGCCAGAUGAAAACAGCUGGAUAUCCGAAUGUGAAUGUUCGUAAUUUCACCACUUCGUGGCGUGAUGGCUUGGCCUUCAAUGCUCUCAUCCAUAAGCAUCGUCCUGAUCUCAUUGAAUACGAAAAGCUGCAAAAAUCCAAUGCUCUCUACAAUCUUGGCAAUGCAUUCGACACUGCUGAGCAGCAGCUUGGACUCGUCAAAUUUUUGGACCCGGAAGAUGUGAACGUGGACAUUCCGGAUGAAAAAUCCAUCAUAACCUAUGUUGUCACAUACUAUCAUUAUUUCAAUAAAAUGAAGCAAGAAACUAUUCAGGGGAAGCGAAUUGGAAAGGUUGUAAAUGAGCUGAUGGAAAAUGAAAGAAUGAUUAACGAAUAUGAGCGACUGUCCAGUGAUUUGCUGGAAUGGAUCCGACAAACAAUUGAGUCUUUGAAUGCCCGUCAUUUCGUCAAUUCACUGAGCGGUGUGCAGAAGCAGCUUGCCGAGUUCAACAACUACCGCACUCAAGAGAAACCACCGAAGUUGGUUGUAAUAUAUGCUUACUUUCGAUGCAUCCGCUGUUUGUGA